UCUGUGAAAUCGGGCCUAGAUGUUAUGUCACAAUAUACAAAUUUGCGUAAUUGUAAUUCUAAAAUCUAUUUAUUUACUUUUAUUUAUUUUUUUUUUCAAAUUGACUGAAAUAUACAUGAAAAUAUAUACCAAACCUCAACCUAAAACACAGUUGAAGUAUUUAAUCUGAUUUUCUAAAUGAUCUGAUUUUAGGAGUCAGAAGUAUUAUUUAAGAUCAGUGUAUAAAGUAAAUACAUUACUGCAGAUCUGGGAUCCCGAGGAUAUUCUGCAUCUCUCUUAUCACCAACAGUUCCUGCAGUGUUAUGGAUUUGCAGUCUAUGGAGGCAGUGUCUGGGCCUCUAAAUGAGGGAAUUAUCUCUAUCUGUAACAUCUGCAAGUCCCUCAAAAACACGCAUGUCAGUCCCACCACUGACAUGUGCUCCGAUUACAAACAAAUCAGGGAACAUAUUGAGCAUGCCGAGCAGUCCCUGAAAACAUCCGAGUCCAGGAUUAAAGAAAAGCUAUGUUCUUUGGAUGAACAAAUGGAGCAUCUUAUUAGAAAGAAACAAAAUAUUGAGCAUCAGAAAAAAGAAAACUUCAUGACCAUGGAUAAAUUAUGCACAGAGAAAAAGUCUGCUGAGGAAUUGCUAAGUUAUUCCAAAGAUGCUCUGGAACAGGCUGAAAGAAACUUAGAAACAGCAAAAUAUGCUGAAAGAGUAGCUCAAGAUAGGAGGAAUGCAGGUGAAGGUGUUGCCAUUGCAGGUGGGGUACUGCUUGCCAUACCAAUUAUCGGAUGGAUUGCUGGCUCAGUAAUGCUGAGUGAGGGAGUGCGAGAGUUAAACGAGGCUUCAAAUGCCAUCAGUGCAGCUGAGCAGGAGCAACAACAGUUUAACUCUCAGGUGGAGGAGAACCACAGAAAAGUGUCUGAAUGCCAGUCAACGAUCUCUCGGGCACAAGAUGAAAUCGAGCAGACGGAUGAGGCGUUGAAGAGGAUUGAGGGCGAGAUUGAGAUGGUUCAAAAGCAUCUACAGAGCACAGGAGAUAUCCAGGAACUGGUGCGGAGAGCUGUGAACCUUCUGAGCGUUCUUAGUGGUAGAGUCAAUGUACUAGAGAAGCAAACACAGCGAUUCAUCCUCUGGGAGCCUGUGGUAAAGGCCAUGGAAGAUGUGAUGAAGGCAGUAGCAAAUAUUGCAGAGAAUCGGCUAUUCUACAGUCAUGGCAUACAAGACCUCAUAAACACUUUGAGGGAGAAUGUUGGAGGACUGCUGGCUUUAUGCAACUCUCCCAAUAAUUCUGCAUAUGGCAGUUAUUAUUAAAAAAAAUAAAUAAAUCACAUUGUCAAAUAUUUUCUAUGAACAAAGAAAAAAAUCUAUAGAAAUAGUCAGUUAUUUACAGUUUUUUUCCUGCCAAUUUGACACAGUGAUUUAAUUAUUUAGCUUGUUGUUGUGAAAUGUCCAACCAAACCAAAAAAAGGACACAUAUAGUAGUACAGUAUAUAGCAUAUUCUUAUAAAUAAUCACAAAUCUGUAUAACUGGGGACGAGUUUGGGAUGGGUUGUUAACGGGGUAAAAUGUUGAUUCUGUUCAGAGUUACUGUAUCUUAUACUUGCUUGAGAAUCAAAACUGUUAAUCACUAAAAAUCUUUGUAAUUAACAUGUACUUUCAUCCAUGUGUGAUUUUAUACCUGAAUAUGAUAUGAAUCAAGAAGAGAACGUCAAUAGAUUUGUUGUUGCUGUAAGCCUAUUUACCUUUAUAUAAAUAUUAUCAGAAAAGAUUUGGCCUACAUUGUUUUAUUAUGCAAUGGAAAUUAAACAAUUGUUGUUAUUAACCUCUCUCCGGGGUCUUCUUUCUGGGGUCUCAUCACUGUUAUUUGGAUAUGUACUGAAAACAUUUAAGCUGGCUAUUAUUAAACCUCAUUAAAAAAAAAAAAAGAAAAAAAAAAACCUUGAUUAAGAGAAUUAGUUAAUUAUAGACAGAUCUCAAAUCUACCUUUUCUGUCAAAAAUUCUAGAAAAGAAUAAGUGAAGUGACAUACGGCCAAGUACGGUGACCCAUACUCGGAAUUCGUGCUCUGCAUUUAACCCAUCCAACGUGCACACACACACCGUGAACACACACCCGGAGCAGUGGGCAGCCAUUUAUGCAGUUGGGGGUUCGGUGCCUUGCUCAAGGGCACCUCAGUCGUUGUAUUGAGGUGGAGAGAGUGCUGGACAUUCACUCCCCCCACCUACAAUCCCUGCCGGCCCGAGACUCGAACUCGCAACCUUUGGAUUA